CCGCCGGAGCCCGUCGGGGAGUGAGGAGGGACGGCCCCAGCGGCGGCGGCGGAGCUCCAGAGUCCGAGCUGCGGACCGAGGCCAUGCCGUGCCGGAGGAAGGAGGAGGACGAGGACGACGAGGCGGCGUUUGCCGGAGAGGAGGACGACGCGGGGGAGGGGGAGGAAGAGGAGAGCUUCCUCGUGCUGCAGCAGUCGGUGACUGUCGGGGGCUCGGGGGACGUGGACAGGCUGGUGGCCCAGAUCGGGGAGUUGCUGAAGCUGGACGCGGCGCACGGGAGCCAGCCCGCCUCCCGGGGGCCCCUGGCGCGCAAGCAGCCGCAGCCGCCACUGCUCCGGCCCCCGGUUUUGCAGCUGCUGCCGCCUCCGGGACCGGCUCCGGCGCCCCUGCAACAGUCGGGACCGCUGCAGUGGCCUGGGAACGGGGCCGGCGCUGCCCUGUCCUGGGCGAGCGACGUGGGCGUCGUCGCGCCCCUUCCGCCGCGCGUGCCGUCGAGUCCCUGCGUCCCAGGGGGGGCACCGGGCCGGAGCAGCACCUCUGCCCAGCACAUCUGCAAGCGGGGCUUCCCGCAGCCGCUGGCGGGCCCGUGCCGACGCAGCUGGCUUCGAGGCGCCGCCGCCGCCCGCCGCCUGCUGCAGCAGCACCACCACCAGCACCCCCAGCACCGGUACCGAGGGCAGCCGGGACUCCGGGCCGGAGUGAAUGACUCCCACCAGCUUCUGCAGCAGCUUGUCCUCUCGGGGAACCUCAUCAAAGAAGCCGUGCGGCGACUUCGGAGAGCUGUGGCAGUGGUUGCAGGCGCCAGGGCCUCCGCUACCCCCGGCGCCAGCCCCUCUUUCGUCUUUGCCCCCGGGGGUGGGAGCGACUGGGGCGGGAGGGACUCUAUCUCCCUACAGCCCUCGACGACCAGCCUGCUCUAACCCAGAGAAAACUUGGACCACCGACCCACCCAUGACAUUCUGGUCUCCAGCAGCUAGUGGACCCAGAAGGCCAAAAGGCGAGAAGAAGAGGGGCGACU